AUCAAAAUAACGGAAGAGGAGAAGAGGAGGAGGAAAAGCGAGAAGAGAAAGGCGGAGAGAGAAGACGGCGAGAAAAACUCGUGGCUCUCUGCAUUUCCUUCCUCCCCGCCAUUAUUGUUCUCUCGAUUCGUCCGUGACACUCUCCUCGUUCCCCUCCACGCAAACGUCGACUGAUUGAGACGCCAGGAUUCGUCUUCCUAGAGAGAGAGAGAGAGAGAGAGAGAGAGAGAGAGAGAGAGAGGUGACGUAGACAGGAAGGAAGGACGCUAGGUGAGAAAGACGAAGGGAGAAGGCUCUUUGUUGAUUGGAGGCCUUCUUCUUCCCACGGUGAGAAAUCAUUCCGCAGCAGCAAAUGCUAGUCACAAUAGGGGUUGAUUCCUCUGCGGUGACGACGUGCGGAGUCGUUCGGGCGAUUUCUCUGACGGAAUAGGCGGUUUUUUCUUUCCCGCGCUCUGUUUCUCGUAGCGCGGAGACUUGCCGCUUGAUUCGAGGAACAGCAGCCGACGUUCUUCAUGGAGAUGGUGGAUUGAGAAUCGAUUCAUUGAGAUAUCGGAUUUUGCUUCUGGUUCUAGGUCGGAACUCGGAGAGUUUGCUUGUACUUCCAGGCAGGAAAGAAGUUUUGCUGUCCUUCACGGCAAGUUUUGAAGAGAUUGAGAGAUCACGGUAGCUCGACCAAGCUUUGCUACUUGAUCCAUCGCGAGAGCAGGAGAUCUUAAAUGGCUGCAGAACGAUUCUGUUGAAACGAAAACAUAGUUCGGUCUAUUUCCUUUACGCGAUCUUGAUCGUGAUCGAUUCCAAAAAAAUCUGGAGAUCGUUCUUCUACGCCUUAACCGAGCAAUUCUGAGCGAAAUUUCCUUAGAAAGCGAGAGAAAGAAGUUCUUCCGAACACCGGACGAUUUCUAGCAGGUGCAGGGGCUCAGUUUCUUCUUACAGGGCACAUCUGAGAAUCAGAGAGACAAAAUUCUAGAAAAAGAAUAAGGAGCGGGUCCUUCUACUGUUGCUUGUAGCUGUCGAAGAAUCUGGGAGCAGAGGCUGCGCCACAUAGCCAAAGGAGCCGGAGUCUAGGUGUGAUUCUGGCGCGCUUUAGAAAACUUUGGUGAUCGGAGAUAUUUCUGUAUUGGUGGGAAAAGGAAAAAAAAACAACUGAAGAGCUAUGGAGGUGGAUAAGGAUGUACUUGAUAUAGAAAAUGAUGGGAUGGAAGAAGCAAAGGGCAUGGAGAGAUGGGAGUCCGGAGAUUCUGACAGGUGCCAUUUGAGGGAGCCUCUCCUUGUUCACAGGAGGAACACAACGUCGCAGUUGGCCAUAGUGGGAGCGAAUGUCUGCCCUGUGGAGAGUUUGGAUUAUGAGAUUGUGGAAAAUGAUGUAUUCAAGGAAGAUUGGAGGUCAAGAAAGAAAGUGCAGAUAUUUCAGUAUGUUGUUCUCAAGUGGACUUUGGCUCUUCUCAUAGGCUUGAGUACCGGGCUUGUUGGUUUCUUCAAUAAUCUGGCAGUCGAAAACAUUGCAGGGUUUAAGUUGCUAAUGACUAGCAAUCUCAUGCUUGAGAAUAGGUAUCUAUUGGCGUUCUUUGCUUACAGUGGUUGUAAUCUGGUUUUGGCAGCAUUUGCUGCUAUCAUUUGUGCGUACAUUGCCCCAGCAGCAGCUGGUUCUGGCAUUCCUGAAGUCAAAUCUUAUCUAAAUGGAGUGGACGCUCCUUCCAUUCUUGCACCUAGCACUCUCUUUGUAAAGAUUUUUGGUUCUAUUGGUGGAGUGUCUGCUGGUUUUGUUAUUGGCAAGGAAGGCCCCAUGGUGCACACAGGUGCCUGUAUUGCUUCAUUACUGGGUCAGGGAGGUUCACGCAAAUACCAUCUAACAUGGACAUGGCUUCGUUACUUCAAGAAUGACAGAGACAGGCGUGAUUUAGUCACAUGUGGUUCUGCAGCUGGUGUUGCUGCUGCAUUUCGUGCCCCUGUCGGUGGUGUCCUCUUUGCACUUGAAGAAGCAGCUUCAUGGUGGCGGAGUGCACUUCUUUGGAGGACAUUCUUCACUACAGCCGUUGUAGCAGUUGUUCUUCGUGCAUUAAUUGACUAUUGUCGUAGUGGAAACUGUGGGCUCUUUGGGAAGGGAGGGUUAAUAAUGUUUGAUAUGGACACAGCAGAGGUGACAUAUCGCAUGGCCGACUUGGUACCCAUCAUAAUUCUUGGUAUCAUUGGUGGUAUUCUUGGGAGCCUCUAUAAUCGUUUUUUGGAUAGGAUCCUCCGUGUUUACAGUAUCAUCAAUGAGAAAGGGCCAAGAUGCAAGAUUCUUCUCACCUGUAUUAUUUCUAUCAUUACCUCUUGUUGCUCCUAUGGCCUCCCUUGGCUUGCAACUUGUACUCCCUGCCCCAGCAAUGUCAAGGAAGAGUGCCCCACCAUUGGCCGUUCUGGUAACUUCAAGAACUUCCAGUGUCCUGCUGGUCAAUACAAUGACCUUGCCAGCCUCUUCCUUAACACCAAUGAUGAUGCAAUUCGCAACCUUUUUAGCACUGGCACAGACACAGAGUACUCUAUUUCUACGAUUCUCCUUUUCUUCUCUGCAAUUUAUGGCCUUGGCCUCAUCACAUAUGGUGCUGCCGUCCCCUGUGGGCUUUUUAUUCCCGUCAUUCUUGCCGGAGCCUCGUAUGGCCGACUAGUUGGCACUCUUAUUGGUGGCAUAACUGAUCUUGAUCCUGGAUUCUUUGCACUCCUUGGUGCAGCUUCUUUCUUAGGUGGCACUAUGAGGAUGACAGUUUCUGUUUGUGUCAUCCUCUUGGAGCUGACAAACAACCUCCUUAUGCUCCCCCUGGUCAUGCUGGUACUUCUCAUUUCCAAAACAGUUGCUGAUGCUUUUAAUCAUGGUGUGUAUGACCAGAUCGUUCGGAUGAAAGGGUUGCCAUAUUUAGAAGCCCAUGCAGAGCCUUACAUGAAACAUCUGGCUGCUGGUGAUGUUGUUUCUGCACCGUUGAUUACCUUUUCUGGAGUGGAGAAGGUCAGCGAAAUUGUGCAUGCACUUAGGUUCUCUGGUCAUAAUGCUUUUCCCGUUGUUAAUGAGCCUCCAUUCUCUGAGGCACCUGAGCUUUGUGGAUUGGUGUUGAGAUCUCAUCUGCUAGUGCUCCUGAAAGCAAGAUUGUUUAAGAGGGACAGAGUUGUCUCACGAAAUGAGAUAUCCCGAAAAAUUGGUGCAUUUGAGUUUGCAAAACCAGGGUCAGGUAAAGGAUUGAGAAUAGAAGAUAUCGACAUCAGCGAUGAGGAGAUGGAGAUGUAUGUAGAUCUUCAUCCAGUAACCAACACUUCACCUUACACUGUGGUGGAGACAAUGUCGCUGGCAAAGGCAGUUGUGCUUUUCCGACAACUUGGACUCAGGCACCUUUGUGUCAUUCCCAAGACUCCCGCUAGGCCUCCGAUUGUUGGAAUCCUUACACGCCACGAUUUCAUGCCAGAGCAUAUUCUCGGACUUUACCCACAUCUCAAGCACAGCAAGUAAAUUGAUCUGCUAGCUGAAGAAUGGAGAUGUUGGAAAUGCAUCAAUAGGGCUGGCAAUGUUAAUGCGUCUAUUUUAUGUUAGAGCUUUGUGAAUUCCUUCCUUUUGGCUCGAGAGGUGCAUGCAGUUGUUUGGCAACCCAUGCAGAGGUUUUGAGUUAGCUAUUCAUCAUUCGUUCUCGCCUGUAUCAAUUUAGUAAAGUUCAUAUCUUUCUUUCCUUUGCGAUUUUUGUGAUGUGAAUGUAACUGCCGUUACUUGUAUCAAACUCUAUCAUUAUCUCCAAAUAUUAUAUUAUCAUAAAUAAAGAUAUCCUUUUGCGAA